AUGGAAACCCCAUUGCAGCUGCAGAACGAUUUCUUUCCAGAGCAGCAGUUCCAGCACUGUAAGUACCAGCACUACUGCGGGCGGGAGGAUCGACUCAGCAAGCAGCACGACCAAUGCUGCACCUGCAAUAACUGCACCUGUGAUGCGAGAAAAAGCCUCGUCUUUCGCGGGACGUCGCCGACCACUGUGGGAACUUUAAGGACACCUUCCGAAACGUCUUCGAGGCAAGGUUGCCAGUACAGCGUCUGCGAGUUCACACCCUCUAGUCAUGGUAGUUCAUCCAGACAUCAUCAUCCUCACCAUCAGCAGCAGCAUUGCCGCGAUCGGCAGCGGGGCAGCCUGGGCAGCAGCCACAAAGACAGUAACUCCUACAAUGAAAUAGCCAUGAGCAGCUGCAGAUAUAACGGCGGCGUAAUGCGGCCGCUGAGCAACUUGAGCUCGUCCCGCAGAAACAUACACGAGUUUGAUUCCGAGUCCCAGCCUUUGCAGCCCAUCUCCGCCGCAGAUGCGUCGGACACUUUAGUAUCCAAGCCGGAGAAUAAUUCUACCACCCUGAUGCCUUACGCAUCGGGAGACGGAGGGGGAGGCUGCAGCCACAGCAGCGGUAAAUCGGGUAAAAAGAAGAACCAGAACAUUGGGGAAAAGCUCGGACACAGGAGGGCCUUGUUUGAGAAAAGGAAGCGGCUCAGCGACUAUGCUUUAAUCUUUGGGAUGUUUGGGAUCGUUGUUAUGGUUAUAGAGACUGAACUCUCAUGGGGAGCCUAUGGAAAGGAGUCCCUGUAUUCAUUAGCUCUAAAAUGCCUGAUAAGCCUUUCUACAAUCAUUCUCCUGGGGCUGAUUAUCAUAUACCAUGCAAGAGAGAUACAGUUAUUUAUGGUGGACAACGCAGCUGAUGACUGGAGGAUAGCCAUGACAUAUGAGCGGAUCUUCUUCAUCUGCCUGGAGAUCCUGGUGUGCGCCAUCCACCCCAUCCCAGGGAAUUACACUUUCACCUGGACAGCACGCCUGGCUUACUCUUACGUGCCAUCCAAGACGGAUGCAGAUGUGGACAUCAUCCUGUCCAUCCCCAUGUUCCUGCGGCUGUACCUCAUCGCUCGUGUCAUGCUGCUGCACAGCAAGCUCUUCACGGACGCCUCGUCCCGCAGCAUUGGUGCACUCAACAAGAUCAACUUCAACACACGCUUUGUGAUGAAGACCCUCAUGACCAUCUGUCCCGGCACUGUGCUGCUGGUCUUCACCAUCUCGCUGUGGAUCAUCGCUGCAUGGACUGUGAGAGCAUGCGAGAGGUACCAUGACAACCAGGACAUAACCAGCAACUUUCUAGGAGCCAUGUGGUUGAUCUCAAUCACGUUUCUUACCAUUGGAUAUGGGGAUAUGGUCCCAAACACAUACUGUGGGAAAGGAGUCUGCCUUCUGACUGGCAUUAUGGGUGCUGGCUGCACUGCCUUGGUAGUGGCUGUGGUGGCAAAGAAACUGGAAUUAACCAAAGCUGAAAAACAUGUUCACAAUUUUAUGAUGGACACCCAGCUAACAAAAAGAGUGAAAAACACAGCUGCGAAUGUUCUCAGGGAGACAUGGCUCAUCUACAAGAACACCAAACUAGUGAGGAAGAUGGACCAUGCCAGAGUCAGGAAGCACCAGAGGAAAUUUCUCCAAGCCAUUCACCAAGCUCGAAAAUUGAGAAGUGUUAAAAUGGAGCAACGCAAGCUGAAUGACCAAGCAAACUCACUAGUGGACCUUGCUAAGACUCAGAACAUCAUGUAUGACAUGAUAUCGGACUUAAAUGAGAGAGGAGAGGACAUGGAGAAGAGGAUUGCCCUGCUGGAGACAAAACUGGAGACUCUUCUGAGUAACUUGCAGGCUCUACCAGGACUCAUCAGCCAGGUCAUCAGCCAACAGCACAGGGACUUCCUGGAGGUGCAGCUCCAGCCUUAUGAUAAACACAGCCCUGAGCGCUCACAGUCAGUGUCCCGACGGAGGUCGUCCUCCACAGCACCGCCCACCUCCUCCGAGAGCAGCUAG